GGAGUCCAUCCCGCCUCCUCCGGGUUGGCGGGGCUGAGGUGUCCUGAGGGGCUGCCGCGGGAGUGUUGUGGGAGCUAGUCCUAACUGAAGUGCAUUUGAAAUUCAAAUACUAAAGCCUGCAGGUUUCCCUAGAUGACGGAUAAACAUUCAUACCGUUUGAAGAACAUCUGUGGAAACCUUGACCAUGGCAUCGGUAUCAGACCCUGUAACAUUCCGAGAAUUCUGCCCUUUGUACUAUCUCCUCAAUGCCAUCCCCACAAAGAUCCAGAGAGGCUUUCGCUCUAUUGUGGUCUACCUCACAGCCCUGGAUACCAACGGGGACUACAUUGCAGUGGGCAGCAGCAUCGGCAUGCUCUACCUGUACUGCCGGCACCUCAACCAGAUGAAGAAGUACAACGUCGAUGGGAAGAUGGAGUCUAUCACUGUGGUGAAGCUGCUGAGCUGCUUUGAUGACCUUGUUGCAGCAGGCACUGCCUCUGGGAGGGUUGCAGUUUUCCAGCUUGUGUCUUCAUUGCCAGGGAGGAACAAGCAGCUGCGGAGAUUUGAUGUCACUGGUGUUCACAAGACCAGCAUCACAGCGCUGGCGUGGAGCCCCAAUGGGAUGAAGCUGUUCUCUGGAGACGACAAAGGAAAGAUCGUCUACUCUUCUCUAGAUCUAGACCAGGGUCUCUGCAGCUCACACCUUGUGUUAGAAGAGCCGUCCUCCAUUGUGCAGCUGGACUACAGCCAGAAAGUGCUGCUUGUGUCCACCUUGCAGCGAAGCCUGCUUUUUUACACAGAGGAGAAGGCAGUCAAGCAGAUUGGAUCCCAACCAAGGAAAAGUACUGGGAAAUUUGGUGCUUGUUUUAUACCAGGACUGUGUAAGCAAAGCGAUCUAACCCUGUAUGCAGCCCGGCCUGGGCUCCGGCUGUGGAAGGCUGAUGUCCAUGGGACCGUUCAAGCCACAUAUAUCCUCAAGGAUGUCUUUGCUGGCGGAGUCACACCUUUUGAGCUCUACCCUCGUCUGGAGCCCUCUGAUGGGGGAAGCUGCAUCUCGCCUGAGAAACACCUGGGGCUCGUUUCCUGCUUCUUCCGAGAAGGCUGGGUGUUGAGCUGGAAUGAGUACAGUAUCUAUCUUCUGGACACCGUCAAUCAGGCCACAGUUGCUGGUUUGGAAGGACUGGGUGAUAUUGUAUCUGUUUCCUGCACAGAAAAUGAAAUAUUUUUCCUAAAGGGAGAUAGGAACAUUAUCAGGAUUUCAAGCAGACCUGAAGGAAUCGCAUCCAUAGCAGGAUGAAGUUGGGUGUUUCGUGGCUUCUGGUGCCCAGGCUGGCAGGCUGAGUGCUGCACCCUGCCAUCUCCCAAAGAGCCAGCUGUAAAUCAAUCUCUUCUUUCUCAGUGAGAGACGGUCUGGAGAUGACAAGAUGCUCUGAGCAGGUCCAUGGCCAGCAUCUGGAGAAGUCACUGGGGGCCACUGUUUGUGAGACAAGGCUUCGAGGCUCUUCUGUGGCAAGUUCCGUGGCCAGUGAGCAACGGAGCAGGAGCAGUUCACUCAACUCCACGGACAGUGGCUCUGGACUACUGUUGCCUGGACUUCAGGCUGCUUCUGAGCUGGGCCAGAGUGGUCAGCCAUCCUCCCAGAGAUUCAGUGUCAUCAGCUCUGAAGACUUUGACCAGGAGCUUAUUGUGAAACCUAUCAAAGUGAAGAAGAGGAGGAGGAAGAGAAAGACAGAAGGUGGAAGCAAGAGCACCUGCCCCAGUUCCCUCGAGUCAACCCCCUGCUCCGAGCUCCCUGCCGACAGCCCCCAGUCCCUGAACACAGACCUCUUGUCCAUGACCUCAAGUGCUCUGGGCAGUAGUAUGGAUCAGCUAAGCACAGAAUCUCCAGAGCAGGAGAGCAACCUCGGGGGUGAGGUGAAUGGAAUCUCACAGGAAAACAGUGGUCCUGAAGCGUUCCAUGUCCUAGAGCUGCCUGGCCCUGCCCCUGGCCCUGCCUCUACCCCCACGGAUGAAGAAAACUGCACUGGGAAGGAAGCGUCCCAGUGUAGCCACACACAGGACACAGACCUGCUCAGUGGAGUGCUGACUUUACCCUUGCAGCCAGAGGAGGAUGUGGGAGGUGCUGACAUCAUCUCAGGCCUUGAUGAGCAGCCUGGUCCUGCUGCUGAUGCAGCAGUACAUACAGAGUUCUGCCUGCGGGGACAGAACAGCUCUGCUGAGGAGCAGGAGGCAGACACCAUGGAGUUCAGUGACCCCCAGAGCACGUUUUCUGAAGCUCCUCUUCUGGACUCAAGUAUGCUGCCUUCCAGCCUCAGCUGGCCCCCAGGUGCUGAGCAGUGGCUGCCUGGGAUUGGAGUGUAUGACAUCACCACCGAGACGGCCAGCCCAGAAGCAGACAUCCUGACCCAUGUGGCGGUCCCUAGCCACCUGAGCUCAAAUCCUUGGCAUUUACUAACUGACAGUAACACAGGUCAGAAGGAAACACCCACUUUUCAAUGUGACAUGGGAAAUGUGGAAGGACAGGUGACUCCUCUUGCCUCUGCCUCAGUGGCCAGCACCCAUGCACAUUGGCUGGACCAACCUUUCCAGGAUCAGGCAGUGACAUCCAGUGAUGAGGAAGACAUUUAUGCCCACGGACUCCCAUCUUCAUCCUCAGAGACAAGUGUCACAGAGCUUGGAGCUGGUCGCUCUCUGCAGGACCUGAGCCAACCAGGUGCUGAGGAAACCACCCUGCUCAAGGCAGAUCAGUUUGCAGAGAGCUGGAUGGGCUACUCGGCUCCUGGCUAUGGCAUCCUCAGCUUGGCGGUCUCGGAAAAGUUUCUCUGGUGCCUGGACUACAAAGGUGGCCUGUUCUGCAGUCCCCUGCCUGGUGCAGGGCUGCGCUGGCAGAGGUUUGAAGAUGCUGUCCAGCAGAUGGCAGUCUCUCCCUCAGGGGCUCUUCUCUGGAAGAUUGAACAGAAAUCUAACCGUGCUUUUGCUUGUGGCAAAGUCACCAUCAAGGGGAAGCGGCACUGGUACGAGGCUCUGCCCCAGGCUGUGUUUGUGGCCCUGAGUGAUGACACAGCCUGGAUCAUCAGGACCAACGGAGAUCUGUACCUUCAGACAGGUCUCAGUGUGGAUCGGCCCUGCGCCCGAGCCGUGAAGGUGGACUGUCCAUACCCACUGUCCCAGAUCGCAGCCCGGAACAGUGUGGUGUGGGCACUGACAGAGCAGAGGGCCCUCCUGUACCGGGAGGGUGUGAGCAGCUUCUGUCCUGAGGGGGAGCAGUGGAAGUGUGACAUUGUCAGUGAAAGGCAAACUCUGGAGCCUGUCUGCAUAACUCUUGGAGAUCAGCACACACUCUGGGCCCUGGACAUUCACGGGAAGCUGUGGUUCAGAACUGGCGUGGUUCCCAAAAAGCCCCAAGGAGAUGAUGAUCACUGGUGGCAGGUGAGCAUCACGGACUAUGUGGUGUUUGACCAGUGCAGCUUGUUCCAGACCAUCAUGCAUGCCACACACUCGGUAGCCACAGCAGCCCAAGCCCCUGUGGAAAAGGUCGCAGAUAAACUGCGCAUGGCGUUUUGGUCUCAGCAGCUUCAGUGCCAGCCCAGCCUACUAGGGGUUAACAAGAGUGGUGUGUGGAUCUCCUCAGGGAAGAAUGAAUUCCAUGUUGCUAAAGGAAGUCUCAUAGGAACUUACUGGAAUACCGUUGUUCCCCGGGGAACAGCUUCUGCCACAAAAUGGGCUUUUGUGUUGGCUUCUCCUGCUCCCACCCAGGAUGGAAGCUCCUUAUGGCUAUGCCAGAGCAGCAAGGACCUGUGUAUCAUCAGUGCCCAGAAUGUACAGUGCCGCCCCUCCACAGUGCAGCUGCCCCCCGAUGCAGAGAUGAGAACCUAUGCUGCCUGCCAGGAUGCACUAUGGGCCUUGGACAGCCUUGGGCAGGUGUUCAUCAGGACACUUUCCAAGAGCUGCCCCACAGGCAUGCACUGGACGAAACUGGACCUUUCCCAGCUAGGAACUGUGAGACUGACCAGCUUGGCAUGUGGAAAUCAGCAUAUCUGGGCCUGUGACUCCAGGGGUGGGGUUUACUUCCGUGUUGGAACCCAGCCUCUGAAUCCCAGCCUGAUGCUUCCAGCCUGGAUCAUGAUUGAGCCACCUGUCCAGCUUGCUGGGGUCACUUUGGUCAGCGUCCAUUCUAGCCCCAAUGACCAGAUGUUGUGGGCCCUGGAUAGCAGAUGGAAUGUGCACGUGCGAACUGGAAUCACUGAGGAGAUGCCUGUGGGGACAGACUGGGAGCAUGUGCCAGGAUUGCAGGCCUGCCAGUUGGCACUGAGCACCAGGACCGUGUGGGCCCGCUGUCCAAAUGGUGACCUUGCCCGCCGCUAUGGCAUCACAGACAAGAAUCCUGCUGGGGACUACUGGAAGAAAAUUCCAGGAAGUGUGUCCUGUUUCACAGUGACCUCAUCAGAUGAGCUGUGGGCAGUGGGCUCCUCUGGCUGUCUCCUUCAGCGACUGACAAAGACGUUCAGCCAUUCACACAACCCCCAGAACAGCCAGGUGGCCAGCUCCCACCCUGAGGAACUGGAGGAGGAGUGGGAGGUCAUCUGAAGGAGCCUAGGCGGCCAGUGGAGGAGAAAGUUCUGUGGUGGAGGCCGCCAUCUCCCGGUGGCUCACAUAUGGAUGGACAUGCCUCGUCCACCAGGCCAGACACCCCACACUUGCUUUCAUCUGUAUUUGUUUUGGUCUCAUUACAGAACUCACAGCCUUAGCCACGUUCUCGGAACUGUUGCUGUAGGAGCAGCACCUUUGACAUCUUGCCAAGGUCAUCUGCAAGUGGGAACAGUGGCUGCUGGUCAGUUGCAUGCACUGGUUACCUGUGCACCACAGUAAAUUUUCAUCAGCAGCUACGGGGCCUGGUGUGAGCCAAGAGGGACACCACCAGAGGCAGAUGACUCAAAGCCAGGAAGAGUUGGGCACAUGUCCAUACCAGAACCCCAGAGCAAAUGUCCUGCAGAUCAGAGCUUGCAGCUACUGGAUAUAUUUGGUGAUGGUGUUGACUUUAUCACAGGGGUCCUACACUUCUCUCCUAGAGAUACAGGACAUUCCAGGUGGGAAAGUACCCAUGCAGGAUGGGGUGUGGGGCUGUGCCAGGUUACAUGCACACACCCUAGCCUCAUCAUGUUGCCCACACUCAGGGUAGCUGCCCACCCCCUGCCCACCUCAGCCAACACAAGAGCCAAUGGGUGCAGACAGAGCACAGGUGCCCACAUGGUCCAUGUAGUCCAGCACAAGGGUGCUGAGCUAAUCUAGAGACAUCUUUGGAACGACAUUUGACUAGUAUGCUGGUAGGCAUCCUAAAGCCAGGCUCUUCCUCAAAAGAUGGAUCUAGUAAUUGCCUUUUUGUUUGUUAUGUUACAAACCUGAAUAAGAUACCUCACUUCAAAUCAGAUCUCACAAACUUAGAAGGUAAAUGCAUCUUCUGAAGACAGUGAAGGUUCUGUUCCUUCAUGAGGGUUAUCCCAAGCCCACCUUGUCUCGGCUACAGCUCUGCAGGGGUGGCCGUCCCGUAUCAUGUCCUCAACCCAAGAGUAGGCGGUAUCUGCAGCGGGUAUAGCACUGACUCCCCAGCAGCUGGUGGAGUACAGAGCAUCUGAGCUUCAAGGGCAGGCUACCCACCUCACCCACCAGGUCCCUGUCACUGCUCCAGGCUGGCUGCUUUUUCAGUCCGCCUGGUCCAGGCAGUUACUUGAUGUCUGUUUUCUACUAAGCAUGUGUCAGGACCCCAGUAGUAAUGAUGCAGAGGCUUCCAGGUCUCAGCAGUGAUGAGCUGCUGCGAGCCUUGACUGUACUUCGUUUUAGAGACUCCUUUUUAAGAGUUCAGUGACGGUAGAGGCAGCCCCGAAUGGGCUGAUCCUCUUCUGUGGAUGGUGUGCCUUGCCUGGCUCCUCACAAUGGCAGUACUCCCCCAAGCCCACGGGACGACAGUGCAAUUAAACCCAAGGUCAGUGACACUUUGACUAGUUUUAGCCUCAGUGCUUUGGGUGAUUGUCAUUUUGGUUUUAAAUUUUAGUUGUGCUGAGAUCAUGCAAAAUCUUACUCUCUCCAACUGUUGUCUGCUAAGUGAGCUAGGAGGCCUGCAGGAAGCCCAGCGGCCCAGCCGCACUGCAGCAGAGCGCUACUGCCUGGGUGGGUUGAAGCAGCUGGCACAGACGGUACAGUGGGCAGCGCCAUUCCACAGCAACACACACCCUCUGGCAGUCCUAGAGAGAAUGCCCCAAAGUAGACAGAGUGAAUGACAGUCUCAAGACAUUAGUCUUUUGUUGUUGUUUUGAGUCAGUCUUUUGCAGCCCAGGUUGGCCUCCAGUUCACCAUGUAGCUAGCCAAGGAUAGCCUUUGCUGAUCUUCCUGCCUCCACCUCUUAAAGUUCUGGGAUUAUCGGUGUACACCACCAUGUCCUGCUAAAGAUGUCAGAUUCCAUACAAACAAGUCUAUGAGUAUAGUUCUUUCAGAAUCUCCAUUGGGGUCUUGGAGAGACAGGGGAAUUGUUAAUAGCAUGACGGUACCCACAGACAUCCCACGUUACUGCUCAGGUCUCUCAGUCCCUUUUCUAGCGCCUGGGAAGGAGAAUAUGGUUAGUCUGUGAGCCUCAGGUUGGGUACCUCAUUACAGUUACACAGUGAACGUGCCCCAGGACCCAGCCCCAGCAAGGGCCAGCAUGCCAGGUACGGCCCAGACCAUGACAGGUCCUUCACCCAGGCAGCCCCGUUAGUCAGUAUCUCAGCAUUCCAUAGGCAUUGCAGGGGAGGGAGCCAACAGCUGUUGUACCCACUGUUUCCACUUAGUACAGAAAGCCUGCCUUUGCUUUAUACUCAGACAAUGGGACUGCCACAGAAAACCCAUAUGGAGAUUUUACUUAUUCAAAAUGUAGAGCCUGUAAGUUAGAAAUCCUGUGUGGGGCUGGGAUGUGGCUUAGUGAUGGAAGACAGAUUAAAAUCCCCACCUAUGUGGACUCUUAAGUAUACCUGCAAUCCCAGCACUCUGGAAGCUGAGCCAGGAUUGUCACAAGUUCCAGACCAGCCUGGACCACAAAGAUCCUGUCUCAAAAAAACCCCUGAAUUUAUAGCCGGGCGUGGUGGCACACGCCUUUAGUCCCAGCACUUGGGAGGCAGAGGCAGGUGAAUUUCUGAGUUCGAGGACAGCCUGGUCUACUGAGUGAGUUCCAGGACAGCCAGGGCUACACAGAGAAACCCUGACUUGAAAAAACAAACAAACAAACAAAAAAAAACCACACAAAAAAAAACCCCCCAAAACCCUGAAUUUAAGAGUAAACAAACUGAGAAAAAGUCAUGAUUGCCACAACAUUUGCAUCCAUGUUGAACUUGUCCAAACCAGUAGGAAAACGCAACACAAAGAUGGACAAAGGAGGCGAAGUGGUGACUCACACAAACAUCCUCCAGUAGGAAACCCCAAAGGCACAGCCCUCCGAGAAAGCCUCUGAUGGUCCUCAGUCCAAAAGCCUAACACUAAAAACGCCAUCUCUGAAAAUUAGUCAGGAACAAAACUGAGCUGUGUAGCAGUGAUCUAGGGCUUACCUAGCAUGCAGGCCCAGUCUCACUCCCCAGAAUGGCAGCAAAUGAAACCAAACAAGGAGGGUGCCGGUCUUUAUGAGCUUGAACACAUGCCUAUAAUGCCACAGGAUGGAUGUCAGCAGAGCAUACUGUGGGGUCCCACAGGCAAUCUUAGGGCGGUGUGAAACUCUUCUGGCCUAUCAGUACAGUACGGUUUACAGAUAGCACUGCAUGUGGGGGGUACCGUGUGUACAUCACUCUUUAGGAGGGUCAGAAAGACAAGGUCUCAUUUGGGACAGACAGCUGGCCAGCGAAUGUUUCCAAGCCUGUGUCUUUUUUAAUCCUUUGAAUGUUGAGCCAUGUAAAUGUAUUAUUUAUUUCAAAACUAAAUAAAAUUUAUAUGUAGAAACUCAA